UUUGCGAAAGGGUCUCUCUCUCUCUCUCUCUCUCUCUCUCUCUCUCUCACAUGACACCAAGACUCCUUUCCACGUUUUUUCUCAAAACCCAAACACACUCUUCUCUUUUCUAUAAUCUAUUGCUUCACUUUUUGAAACCCAAUUCUCAAUUCUCAAUUCUCCAUAGUCCAUGAAAGCCAAACCUCACUUCUCCCACUCCGUACCAUCGCGCACACAUACAUGGAUUUGGAGAAAGAAGUUGAGGUAAUAAACAGCUCUCUUGAAGUUAACCCAGGUUCAUUCGAAGAAGGUGCAGUUCUUGAACCUUAUGUGGGUAUGGAAUUUGAUUCUGAAGAUUCUGCAAGAAAAUUCUAUGUUGAGUAUGCUAGACGGGUAGGAUUUAUUGUGAGAAUAAUGCAACGCCGCCGUUCUGGGAUUGAUGGGAGAACACUUGCCCGUCGACUUGGAUGUAAUAAACAAGGUUUCUCUCCUAAUCAGAGGGGGACAAUUGGACCAGAGAAAAAACCACGGCCUAGUGCACGUGAAGGAUGCAAGGCUACUAUUUUGGUGAAGAUGGAAAAGUCUGGGAAAUGGGUUGUUUCAAGAUUUGAAAAAGAGCAUAACCAUCCUCUGGUUGUUACUGCCAAUGGAUUUAGCACGUCGGGUGAUAAGGAUAAGAAAAUUGAAGAACUUACAAUGGAGUUGGAGCGUCAGGAGCAGCUGUGUGCUGCUUAUCGAGAAAAACUACUCAGUUUUAUGAAUAAUGUUGAAGAUGAAACAGAAGAACUGUCCUCUAAAAUCCAAGUUAUAGUUGACAAUGUGAGGAAAGUUGAAUCGGAAGUGCAAAAACAUUCCCGCUAUAGAUAGCCUUGGCAUCUAAGUAUAUAUUUGCUAGAUUUGAGAUUGUGUAUAAUCCAUAUUGAGUUUCAUGAAUCCUUCUGGUGAUCUCUAGGGCUUACUAGAAUCAGUUUCUAUUAAGUCCAGAUUGUAUUCAACAUUGUACCGGCUUUAAAUUGUUUUGUUAGUAUAAAUGGAAGUUCAAUAAUUGUUCUCUCUC